CAGAAGUAGCGAUGGGAAAGAAACAGCAUCAGAAAGAUAAACUUUAUCUGACCACUACAGAAUGGAAGACAACAUAUGGUGGUUACAAGGGAGACAAGUCCCUGGGAGAAAAGUCGCGAUUCAGACGACUUCCUUUCUCCUGCUGCAGUCUGUCCAUGCAGCCAUUUGAAAAUCCACUUUGCACAAAAGAAGGAAUAAUAUUUGAUCUAAUGAACAUUGUUCCCUUUCUGAAGAAGUACGGCAUUAGUCCAGUCACAGGGGAGAAAAUGACUGCCAAACAGCUAAUAAAACUCAAUUUCAGCAAAAAUUCUGAAGGAAAAUACCAUUGCCCAGUGACAUUUAAAAUUUUCAAUGAAAACACACACAUAUCUGCGAUAAGGACGAGUGGCAAUGUAUUUGCUCAUGAGGCAAUUGAAAGACUGAACAUCAAACCCAAGUAUUACAGAGAUCUUGUGACAGAUGAGGAAUUUACAAGAUCAGACAUCAUAACAAUACAGGACCCGACAAAUCUUGAAAAGUUCAACAUCAGUUCAUUUCACCAUCUCAAACAUAAUCUCAAGGUUGGUGAUGAAGAUGAAGAAAUUGCAAAGAAGAAUCCACGUUACCAUCUGAAAGCCCUUAAUGCUGAAACUGCGGAGGCAUUAGAUGAACUUGAAAGACAAUAUAAACCCAUGGAAAAGACACCAGAAGAGAAGCCCAUGGCUGACUCAUUAAAUGCUGCUCACUACUCCACAGGACGGGUAGCAGCGUCCUUUACCUCAACUGCCAUGGCACCAGCUACUUCACAUGAAGCAGCCAUUAUUGAUGAAGACCUACUGCGAUAUGAGAGGGUGAAAAAGAAAGGUUAUCUGAAGAUUGUGACCAAUUUGGGUGAACUGAACAUAGAACUUUACUGUCACCAGGUGCCAAGGACAUGUCACAACUUCCUGAAGCUCUGUGCUAGUGGCUACUACACUGGAACUGUAUUCCAUCGAUCCAUACGCAACUUCAUUAUACAGGGAGGUGAUCCAGAAGGUACUGGACUUGGUGGACAAUCAAUAUGGGGGAAGCCAUUUGCAGAUGAACUGAAGCCCAACUUGAAACACACUGGUCGAGGGGUACUGAGUAUGGCUAACAGUGGACCAAAUACAAACAAAUCACAAUUUUUUUUCACAUAUCGAUCGGCAAAUCAUUUAGAUGGAAAGCAUGCUGUGUUUGGCAAGGUGGUAGGUGGACUAGAUACAUUAGAUAAAAUGGAAAAAGUGGAAACAGACAAGAAAGAUCGACCUAAGGAGGAAAUAAAGAUAGAGGAAUGUGUCAUCUAUGUCAACCCAUAUGACGAGGCAGAUGAAAUGCUGCAGCAGGAAAGGGACAGUGCGAAGCAGAAAGAUGUUGAUGAGAAAGAGGAACAAAGAAAAAGAAAUCUUCGGGGAAAACCAGUCGUUACUGAUAAACCUAGAGCCUUCAAGUCUGGUGUUGGCAAGUACAUUAACCCAAGUACAUUGAAGAGGCCAGUAGAAUCAUCAGAACCAGCAGAAAGUGCUAAGAAAAGUAAAGUUACUGGAGUUCAGUUUGGAAACUUCAGUUCCUGGUGAGGCGAUUCACCACUGAAAAUCUGAAAACCUGAACAAUCAAGGAAAAUUACCAAAACAUUUGGUUCCACAAAAGCCCUGCUCCAAGUGAAAACUGUCACUUCUUGGUGAAGUGUCCGCUGGACUAUUUAAGAUAUACUUUUAUGUAGUAAGAGUGGCAUCAACAAACUGUCGUGUCUGGAAAAAUUACUCCGAAGGAAGUUGACAUGAAUAUAGAAUACAUAACAUAAUAACUUGUCAGAGAAUUUAGUCUAGAGAACUGUUUUGAAUAAAUCGUGUCCGCUAUUUGAGAUGGGAAUUGAAUGUAAAUGAUGUAGAUAGAUGUCCACGAUAAAGGUAUCUUUAAUUGCUAUAAUGAUAAAGAUCAUGAUUGGAUGCAAGGGAGAUUCACUUAGAUAGGAUAAUAUAUUAUCUUUAUGGGGAAUGGAUUUGAUCCUUAAAACACAUUAAAUAAAUUGAUAUUCUUGAAAAACUUCAACAUGGACAGUUUAUAA